AUAAAUAAUAUAGAAUAAAUAGAAGUGAUAACAAUAGAUAAUAAUUUUGCAAGGUUUUUUAUCAGCGCAAUAUGUUUAUAUAUAUAAAAAAAUGAAUUGACAAAAAAAUAUAUAUUUUAUUUAAAUAAAUAAUAAUAACAAUAAUACUGCUCAACUACAAAAAUGCUUAAAGCUUUCUUACUAAUUGUUGUUGCUAUUGGCUUGUUUGUUUAAUUAAUUUAAAUAAAUUUCAUACGCAAAUAAAAAAAUAAAAUAAAAUCAAAACAAUGUUUGCUUCAACAAAUUCUAUAAAAAGACGUCCCAAGAAAACUUUACCAACAUCAGCCUCCAAAGAUGAAACGUCAGGCUCUAGUGCGGCUAGGAAAGCUCGAGCUUUACUGCAUGGGAAUUGGUGGAAAGAAUAUUCCUGUGUAACGGGCAAUAAAUCUCCUAGAGCUUCCAGCAUUUAUUCUAAAACUUUGCCAUUUCAACAGAAACUAUCACCGGCUGAGCAGCAAUAUGAAUCGUAUGUUAAGGCUACUGUGGCAGCUAAUGCUAAAUCGCCAGUGGAGGAAUUACUUUCACCACCUACACCACCACCACGACGUCAUACCUUAACGGCAAAAUUAUCUUUAACCAGUCCACCCACUGCCCUAACCUCCACCGAUAGCGCUCAAUCGCCGGGUUCAGAUAAGAUUUUAUCCAGUUGUUUGUCUUCACCGAUUAAGGAGGCUGGUGUAGUAGCGACAACUGCUGCUGCUGCUACUUCUACAGAUGCCCAAACUUUGUUUAAUAUACGCCAGCAAAUGGCCUUAAGUUUGAAGCGAAUGAAAGAUUUAGAAGAGCAGGUUAAAUCUAUACCGGAUUUACAGAGUGAACUCUCUCAACUGCGCGAAGAGAAACAACGCCUACAGCAGACUGUCAAAAGCAAAGAGGAAGAACUACAAAAGGCCAAAGAAGCCACUCGAUUCUCUUCCUCACCUAGUCCAGUACUUAGUCCCAAAAUAACAUCACCCGUACAAUUUCAACCGCAAAGAGUAAGUCCGAUUUCAUUAGAAAGUAUGGGCGCUAGAAUGCAAUCCAAUAACAAAAAAUCACCCAUAUUAAAGCGUGAUGUUGGCACCAUGUGCAGCAAACAGACUACGCGGGAUAUAGCCGUUGGAAGUCCCAUACCGGUACAAAAAACUCAACGAGAUGUAGGCUGUAAUGCUGCGGUUACGAAAAAUAUUACAGAGAAUUUAUAUACUAAAACGGAAGUAGAGGAACGUAUUAGAAUGUCCAUACAUCAGCAUGAAGAGGAAAAGAAAUUGGCGAGAUUAAAAGAUCUUAUAUCCGUGGGUACCCAGAUGUAUGUGGCCAAAAAAGACACUAAAGAUAGUGGGGCUCAAACGAAAGCCGAAAAACCGGUACAGAAACACAAUGUCAGCGUUAUGGCCCAACCGGCAACACGUGAAAGUUAUACCAACUGCAAACCAGACGUGCGGACGGUGGGCUGUUCAAAUGAUCGCGUGUCCGAUGUAUUGUGUGAGAAAUGUUUAGUCACGAAACGUACUGUUGCAUGUGCUACCGAUGAUGAAACGAAAGGGGAAACAGCUAAAACAGUCUCUCUUAAGUUGUUGGACAUGCCGGCUCGUAGUAAUACUUUCAGUUUGGGUGAUAAUGAAAAACUGAAUAUAGCGAAGAAGACUAUAGGAACCCAAUAUACACCCAUAGUACAGCAUUCGGCAGGAAGUCAAACAACAGCUGUACAGCAGCAUACGGUAGGACUGCAGUUUGCACCACAACAGCAAAACACCAGCACACAAUUUGAGCUGUAUACUGUGGCGAGACAGACAGAUACUAGGGAUUUGAUUAGAUUGUGUACCUCACAAACUAAUACAGAAGAAAUAGCACCACCCACCCCCGUAAAGGAGGAAAAACCAGAACCUGUUAAGCCGAUUUUACACACAAAAGGUUGUAAUACCGAGAUUAAGAAUUUCAAAGAUUAUGGUGUUAAUACCCAACCAACCGUCACUACCAACUCCACUUCCUGCAAUACCGAGGAAAUACACAAACGUGAUAUAGCUUGUGGUGAUAUAGUCAAGCCACAUAUUUCAAUAGCUUGUGCCGAUAAUUACUGUGAUUCUUGCAAAGAUGCCAUCAAAAAUUUAGCUAAAGAUUUCUCGAAAGUGCUGGCCAGUCCGCUGCCCACAAGAGCUGCCGAAUCAAAAAUACCACGUCCUAAAAAUCUACCCAGUCCUAGUCCGGUGAGAAGGCAAUUUUCGCGUCAGAACACUUAUACAGUAACACCCUCUCCAACUCCCAGUCCAGUGUCGGAAAAGAGAAAUAUGGCAAGUUCCUUGCAAGAAAAAUCCUCCUCAUCGUCAGCAGCAUUUCAUCAAUUGGAAUCAUCAGGUGAAUCUCAAAGUUUUAUAACCGAGCCAGUAACUUUAAGUGCUAUAACUACACAAAAACCCCAAACCACCACCACCGGCGCAAUGACAGCAGAGGAAAAAUUAGCCUCAUCAUCGAAUAGCUCCCCAGAGGGUUCGCCACAACGUAAAUCCCUGUAUGACCUCAGUAAAUUGGGCGAUAAUGAGCUCAUUGUUAGAGAAGAGACACGUGUAAGCAUUAGCUGGUCUAGAGACAAUUCACCAGCUCCCACUCCUUCAUCAGCCGCAGCUAAUGCUAAUAAAAAUCCCUCUACCGAAGAGGAGAAAUUAAAGGCACAGGAAGAACCGUCACUAGCAGAUGCAGCUGCAGUAUGUGCCAAGGAAAUUUCUCAAGGAGCACGCAAAAAAACUUUACCCUCACCCUUGAAAUCUAGUCAUGAAAGUAAGAAUAAAACCGAAACCCCACAGAAGGAAGCAGAAGAAGAAACUGUACAGAAACCUUUACCCUCCAAGGCUUUGUUACAAAAAAUCGCCAUGAAAGAAACAGAGCCCAGGAAGAAAAUCACUCCUCCUAAAGAAAUGCUAGUCGCUUUGAAAGCGAUCAACAAUUCAUUGUUGAAAAAAUUGGGCUCCAAACCCAUUUCAUCUUUGAGUUUAAAGAACUAUAAGCAAACCAUACAACAGGAAUGGUUCCGCCUGUCCAGCUCUGAGAAUGCCGAUCCCCAUGAAGUUGAAGAUUAUUUGGAUUGUUUUGAAGAUUUAUCGGUGCCAUUAUUAGAAUACUGUGUUAAUAUGGUGGAUGCUAAUGGCAACACCGCUAUGCAUUAUGCUGUUUCGCAUGGUAAUUUUGACGUUGUAUCCAUAUUGUUGGAUUCAAAGGUUUGCAACGUAAACCAAAUGAAUAAUGCAGGAUACACCAGCGUUAUGCUCGUUUCAUUGGCAAAAUUGAAAAAUGCAGAACAUCGUACCGUCGUCGAACGACUGUUUCAGAUGGCUGAUGUCAAUAUACGAGCUAAAAAGCAUUGCCAAACAGCUUUAAUGCUAGCUGUGUCGCAUGGUAAUCUGGAAAUGGUUCAACUAUUACUGGCAGCUGGAGCUGAUAUUAAUAUACAAGAUGAAGAUGGCAGCACUGCUUUGAUGUGUGCUGCCGAACAUGGUCGUAGUGAUAUUGUUAAACACUUAUUAACUCAUCCCGAUUGUGAUUCAUUAAUACAGGAUGUGGAUGGCAGCACCGCUUUCAAGAUCGCCUGGCAAGCGGGCCAUCGUGAUAUUGGCAUUUUCUUGUAUGUCCAUGAGCAAAUGUUGCGCAGCAAAAUGCCCAACAGAGGUGAAAAUUUAACCUUAAAACGCAGUCCACCUGCCACCUCACCACGUUAUACCCACAAAAGGCAGCCCUCUAAAUAAGGCAUUUUAAGGUUCAUUUUAAAUUGUGAAAAAUAUUAUCUUAAAGCCAGUGUUAAGUUUAGUUAAACGAACAAAGUUUUUUUUUUUAGUUUUUAAUUUAUUUAAACUCAAUUUAAAGCAUUUAAAAUGCCACAUUUUAAUUAAAAUUUAAUUUAAAGAAAAAGAUAAAAUUAAUAAAUAAUGAAAACGAAAAUUGCAAGAAAAACUCAGAAACACUUUAUAACAAGAAGCCUUUACAUUCCAAUCCUUUGAAAAUUAAAACAAUUAGUUCGAUAUUUCAAAGAACUAAGGACAACGAAUCAAGCGAUUUAACGAAAAAUGGGUGUUUUCUAAGUAAAAAAAGAACAUUUCUUUAAAAAAAGGCGCACAAUGGCAUAUUAACAAAUUUUUGCUAAUUUUUUAUCUUAAAGCACAAAUAACAAUUCUACAAUUUUUUAUAAAAAUUAAUUAACAAAACAU